CUGGCUGCCACUGCAAAUAGUGGAAGGAGCGCUGUACGUGAGAGCGGCAUACAGCGCAAAUUCGUCCGUCGGUUAACCACUUCAUUUUGCUAGCCGCAACGUUGGAUCAAAUUACGUCUAUUUUAAAAGUUUAACCGCGCAUCAACGAGACGAAUAAUUUUCUUUUUAUUUGUUGCACUUUGAGCUCACUACUUUUGCAUUCAUUUAUUCUGGGAGUUUUCUGCAGCUGCUCUGACAAUGAAUAAAUGGCCGUCGUCAUUGUCAUGCGAUAAGAGCGCCUUAUCGCUUCGACGUUCAACCUGCUAUCUCCACUUUCCAAUUGCUAAUUGACGGCAAGUGCUUGCCGGGGCUGGUAAUGGACUAAAUUUGUAAGCAUCGUCUUGAAUAUCGUAUGUGACCACACCGGUGUUUGCACUGGGAAUCAAGAGACAUCGCAUACUUCAAGUGGAAUACUGUAUCAGACGUCGCAAGUGCCACGCUGCAGCUUGUUCCGCUGCAUCAGCUGUUUCGUGGAGAGAUUUCUCUUUGGCAUUUUUACGGCCAACUCAAAUCGGUGAUUGCUGAUUACACCACUGCAUUCCAAACGACAACGGUAUAUGCACCUUAAAAUCGCGAUCGCGACACUGUCUCCGAACAAGUGGCCACUUGGAUCGUGGAGCAGCUUGCAAAACAUGGAAUUUUGAUUAUGCCGGUGUAAUCAGUUUUUUUCGGUUACUGCUUCGCCGGUCUCAAAUUUCCACGCUUCCAUUGUGAUCAUAUUUCUUUUCCGGUGGAUUAUUUAUUUCUGUUGUUUUUAAUUCCCCGCAUUCACGCUGGCAUAUAUUGAUAAUUAUAAUAUUCUCAAAAGCGGAUCUGCAUUGCACAAAAAUUAAAGCGUAAUUGUGUUCAGUUUCCGGUGGGAAAGUAAUGAAGUGGCUAGUACUGCCGCCAAAAAUCCCUGAAUUAAUCGGUCAAUUAGCUCGCCGCACAUCCACCUCUAGAGGUGGAUCAAUUUUUUAAUCCCCAUCAUCGUACAAACGGAAGCGCCCUUUAAUCUUCUACCGAGGAAUUUUAAGUCUGUUCCAUUUCGCGCAACAUCCCGCUUAACCACAAUGCCGGCAUCGACCACUCCCUGAUGAAGUAUGUUGAGCAGUGCCGUUGAUCAUCUGAGCAUGCGGCGCCUACGCAGCCGUCUCCUGUACGAAUUCCGCCGCAUCCCCACGCCGCUGUUGAUUAUCGGCGUCAUAGUCGUCCUCAGUCCCUUCGCCGUGAUCCACUACGCCACCAAGGCGCACCAGGACAGCCAGAGCGGGGUCAACUAUCUGCCGCUGAAUGAUCCCGGCAGCAGCGGGAACGGCGGGCGCCCGCGGGCGCUGAUCUCGGGCGUAGGGGAUUGGCUGAAGGAGUCGGUAUGGGAGUUAUCGCCGGUUUUGCGGCCGCCACAGAUCUACGCCGAGGGAGAGGCGCGCCGGGUGGUGUGCCCGGCGGCAGAACGGAAUCGCGGAAGGGUCGAUUAUGAUCUGGCAAAUCUGACGCACACCCUGACGGAUCUGCAGACCGACGGGGAUUUCGGUAUAUGGGAUGACAAAAUGGAGAAGAAUUAUCAGGAUAAAAUGAAAAACGAUAGCCUUUCAAAAGAUCAACUCUUGGUGUACAUCGUUCCAUUCAGCCAUGCCGACCCGGGAUGGCUUAACACCGUGGAGGAAUACUUUGAUACAUCAAUAAAACACGCCCUGAACAAUAUGCUGCAGUUCCUGCAAGAGCAUAAAGACAUGAGUUUUAUCUGGGUGGAGACGUCUUACUUCAAGAUCUGGUGGCAAAUGCUGGGAGACAAAGACAAGGCCGCCACGCGGCAACUCCUCAAGGAGGGUCGUCUGGAGAUCGUCAAUGGCGGCUACGUGAUGCCCGACGAAGCCACGUGCCACUAUUACGCCAUCCUCCACCAAUAUGUCUUCGGUCACCAGUGGCUAUGGGAAAAUCUGGGGGUAGUCCCUACCCACGGCUUCAGCAUCGACCCAUUCGGACACUCCUCGUCCAUGCCGUACUUCCUCAAGAACCUCGACUUUCAAACGAUGUUCAUCCAGCGCAUCCACUACAACCUCCGCGCGCAUUUGGCACAGAACGGCGCUUCAGAGUUCGUCUGGGAGCAGCCGUGGGACGACACCGGAAAUUCUUCGGCCAUGUUCACACAUUUAGCGCCGCACCAUCUCUAUACCAUCAAGAACAUCUGCGGUCUCACCCGGUCAGCCAGUUGCUAUAUGUUUGAUUUCAAGGACUCUGGAUUUGAGAUUGACAAAACGCAGCUCAAGCAGCAAGCUACGGCGCUGUUGGACCAGAUGCGGAAGACGGGAUCCAUUUAUCCGCACAAUGUAGUGCUGUAUAUACUGGGUGAUGAUUUCCGUUGGGCGGAGAAGACAGAAUGGAUCAAUCAAUAUAGAAACUACAAACUUUUAAUUAAUGAAAUUAACGGCAACCCCGCCAACAAGGCGCGCGUCCAGUUUGGCACACUGAAAGACUACUAUGCCGCCGUGGCCUCACGUCUGGACACCACGUGGACCACUCCACCCUCAUCCGUCCCUCGAGUCCAAGGCGACUUUUUUCCAUACGCCGACAAAUUUGAGGAUUACUGGACCGGCUACUUUACCUCACGUCCGUUCUAUAAGCAAAUGUCCCGAGAACUAGAGCGCGAUCUGCGCACCGCUGAAAUUAUGUACUCAUUGGUGCGACUUUCCACACAUUCGGCCAACCGCAACACCUCCUUGUUUGCCGAGGAUCUCAUAGGACUGAAUCGGGCGGCAAUCGGACUGGGACUGUUUCAACACCACGACGCCAUAACCGGCACGUCCAAACGCUAUGUGGCGAUGGAUUACGGUGAAAAGCUGCAGAAUGGAUUGCUGAUGGCGCAUGCGGUAAUUCUAAAAAAUGUCUUUCGAUUGGCACAAGUGGCCAGCAGGACGCCGGUCCAUGCGGCCAAUAUCAUACUCGAAAAUUACCGGCAGUCUGCGGUGAGUUUACCGGUGAAAUCGCCUAUCCGCUUUGGUGCAACCGACAAAGAACGUCGCAUCUUCAUCUUUAAUUCUCUUUCCCGGUCGCGCAAAGUGACCAUCCAUUUGUUUGUGGAAACCCAGAACGUCCAGCUCACGGACUCCAACGGCAAGACAAUUCCAUACCAAGUCUCGCCGGCCCUCAACGACUUGGACACCAGCGGGGAUUUCUUCGACAUUGUUCGCAUCUCUUUUUCCUUAACUCUCGAUCCCUUAGCUCUUAAAGCCAUUACCAUCCGUUCCUUGGGAAAGCGCUCCGAAAAGGUCAGGAUUGCGGAGCGCUCCGGCUCCGUGAUCCGCAGUACUCACCCACUGAAAGGGAAGAUCCCGGGAUUCACGAUUAAAUCCAUGGGUACCGACAAUUUGAUUAACGUUGUCACUCCUCACUUUUCCGCUCACUUCUCCCCGGAAACGGGUCUCUUGGAAGCCGUGACCUUAAAGGACGGACGCCAGCGCACGGUGACGCAAGAGUUUAAGCGCUACGAAACACAGUCCAGCGGAGCGUACCUGUUUAUUCCCAACGGGAUCGCCGAUAUUCAUCCGUAUCCACGAACGGUGCGGGUCAUCGAAGGGCCCCUGUUCACCGAGGUGCAGUCGAUCGGAUCAAAGAACAUACUGCACGUAACGCGAAUUUACAAUACCACAGCCGACCACGGUCGGAUUAUGGAGAUGGAGACCAUUACGGAGUUGACAUCGUUGCCGAAUUCGGAGAUUGUGCUGAGGAUUAGCUCUGAUGUGCGGAGCAAUAUGACCUUUUAUACCGAUUCCAAUGGGUUCCAGAUGAUUCGCCGUUCGGUGUCACAUGACGUUCCCAUGGCGGCCAAUUUCUACCCAGCCACGACGAUGGCAUAUUUGCAGGACGACUCGGUCAGGCUGACCCUGCAUUUAACCCAAGCCCAUGCCGUGGGAAGCCUAAAAUCCGGCGACAUGGACGUAAUGAUUGACCGCAACCUUAUGCAAGACGACGCCCGCGGUGUCGGCGAAGCGCUGCAGGACAUGCGCGUCGUCAAGACCCUUAUGUCUCUGCAAAUUGAAUCAGAAGGUUUUAUUCUCAACGCCCCUUACUCCAACCCGACGGAUGUCUCCAGCAAGCUCAACCUCCACCUCAACCAUCCGCCCUACAUUACUUUUGAGCAGGCCAACUCCACCAUCAGCGCCUUUGAGUACACCCCGGUAGACAAACCUCUGCCUUGCGAUGUUCACAUGCUGAUGAUGAAACCUAUUACGUACCGAAUGGAGGACCGGCGGUUGGGCUUCAUGUUCCAUCGGCUGGGAAUGAACUGCGCUGACAACCGGACGGAUGAGGAUAUUUGUACGGCAGGAAAAGACGGGAUUGUGUUGGACGGAUUGUUCAAAGAUGUCAGGUUUGCGACCUACAAUGAGACUGGAUUGAAUUUUGUGCAACCAAAACGAGAAGUCUUGGCAUCUGAGCCAGUGCGGGUGGAAACGAUGAGGAUCACUGCGGUGACCGCUGAAAUGCCAAUAACAAAGAAAUCGGUAGCGCGUUCCGAUGUCGGUUAACGUCAGCUUUUGGCCGGGUGUUUGAAAGUAUGGACGGCAUAAUUUUUAAACAGGGAACUGCGAUUCCGGUUUGCUAGCGAGAUUAUGCUGUUUUUGACCUCUUCAGAAAGUUCUUGGGCCGAUGGGGAAGGUUGACGUUACCGGUUGAUUCGCAGAUUGUGCCGCUUUAUCACGGUCACGUCCUGGUGUUCGGUUGGCUCUUGGGCUUUCAUUCUUCGGACUUGAAUUUGCGCUAAAAGAAUCUUUUAGAAUUUACUGUUUGUGCGGUCGUAUUUUUCGUUGUGGAUGUGCAUUCAUGUCGUUGAGAGCCUACGACGAAAAGAGUACGUCAGCAAAGUCUUAUUGCCCGUUUAUUGCUUCACCAAGAACGGCCCACAAAUAAAUAGACACCUGUAACAA